AUGUGCAACCAACAAGCCCAGCAGGAGAACGCGCUCAUUUCUGCUCAGAACCAUGGCACUAUUCUGGUACCGUUCUGGAUGAUUGCAACGAUUUUUGACGUCGUCCUAGAAACAGCUAUCAUCGCGCUCUGCACGCAUCGCGUAUGGACUCUUCGUGAGUCGUGUCGUCAGAAAACUUUAGCCACACUACUCUUGUCGAUGCGUUUCAUCUUGGUGGCAGCGUCCGUCAUUCGCCUAGUCUACCUCCAGCAAGCUUAUGAUCGCAAUGGGGACCCUGCUUUUGACUCGAUACCUUACGCCGUUGCUACACAAAGCCAAACCACCCUCGCUGUCCUGAUCGUCUGUAGCCUCUGCCUCAAGCCUUAUGCUCGCUUUGAAGCAUCUCGAUCGCAAGCACCCAAACACAAUCUCAGACACUCAAAACACUGGUCUGGCAGCAUUACCAUCGGUGGCACACCAUACGAGUCUUACAAUUCUUUUCCACCACCGAUCAUAAGAGAGCCUCUCCUGUCUAUACAAGCGAACCUCCGCCACCCAGCGAGGAACAACGACCGGAUCUUAACUCAAUUCAAAUCAUGGUUAUUCAAUUGUCUUACUCUUGAGAUCCCGAGAUUCCUUUUGCCUCAUUGCUCUACUCAAUCUCUCUUUCUAGACAUGGCCGUUUUCGAUCCAACCAAUGUCGAUCUUACGACAGCAGACCAGGCAAAAGUCAUCUGCUACUUCGCUCUUGGCGAAAAUGAGUACAACGGUCAACUCGGCGCGCGGAUAUCAUCCAUCUUCGUUAUCGGCUUUGUCUCAACGAUCGCCACAUACUUCCCUGUCAUCGCCCGCAAGAAACCAUCUUGGAAGAUUCCCCUCGGUCUGUACACCUUCGCACGCUUCUUUGGUUCCGGUGUUAUCGUCGCUACAGCCUUCAUCCAUCUACUAGAUCCAGCAUACGAAGCCAUCGGUCCAGGCAGUUGCAUAGGGAAAAGUGGAGGCUGGGCGGAGUAUCCUUGGUGCGCUGCCAUUGUACUGACAUCCAUCAUGGCUGUCUUUUGCGUAGACCUGGGUGCAGAAGUAUACGUCGAACAUAAAUUCGGUGUCGCAAAGGAGGAAGCUGGCGGUUCGAAUAGCGUAUUCAUACGUUCCGAUAGAAACACCGAUCCAGCUGUGUUAUUUAUAGACCCCGAAUCUCAUGCCUCAACGCAACACCGGCAUCACCAGCAUCGGAAAGACACGGCCAGUCUCCACAGCAAAAGCUCCACCUCUUCGAAUAUGACGUCGUCAACAGCAGAUCGUCUGUCCUUCGCCCAGCAAAUAGUCGCUUUCCUCGUUCUGGAGUUCGGAAUCAUAUUUCACUCGGUCAUCAUCGGUCUGAACCUCGGCGUUGUAGGCGAUGAGUUCUCGACCCUCUUCCCAGUCCUUGUGUUUCACCAAUCCUUCGAAGGCCUUGGUAUUGGUGCCCGGUUAUCUAAUAUUUCUUUCCCACGAAGCAAGAGCUGGAUGCCGUGGGCUCUCUGCGCUUUGUACGGUCUUACUACCCCCACUUCUAUUGCCAUCGGGUUAGGCGUUCGCACAACCUAUUCACCUGAGAGCAAGGUCAGCUUGAUAGUCCAGGGUGUGCUGAACAGCGUUAGUGCUGGCUUUCUGAUUUACAGUGGGUUGGUGGAGCUGCUAGCUAAGGACUUCCUGUUUGACAGGCAAAGGACAAAAAACCUUGGGAACUUAGGACUGAUGGUGAUUUACGUCUUUGUAGGAGCUGCGACUAUGGCGCUGAUCGGUUAUUGGGCAUAG